AUGUGUCGCGAUCUCUCUGUCUUCCCCCGUUGGCCGAAUUUCUACCAAUCUCUUCGCCAUCUUGCUCUUCUUCUUACCUCUGUCGAUCCUCUUCCGCACUUAACCCAAUUUAGAAUCCAACUGUAUAACGUCACCGAUCGCAAGUCUCUCCUUUUUUUUUUUACUUCGACCUUCUCAACGCUCCUUCGCUCCUCUUUGUACCCUUAUACCGGCCGUUCGUUUCUCCCUGAGAUAUCUCGACCCUCCCACUCCACCUGUACUACCAUAUCCAUCAACCAUAUGAACCCGAGUUCGGACCGGCUAGGCUGCUAUCUCUUCUCCUUUCACAUCUGUUGCUGUCCCGAGACUUGA